AUGAGCGGCAGGGUGCAGCUUGCCACGAUGAUUGAGGCGGCUGGGUUGAUCCCCAGCACGGCCAGCCUCGUUCAAUCCAUCGCCAAUGGCACAGCCACAGGGCUCGUCAACUUCCAAGGGAGGCACAUAGGAGAUCUUGGAUUGGAGGCUGUCAUCCUCGCACUCAAGCACAGGAAUUUCGUCGAGUGGCUCGAUCUCACGGAGAACGACAUUACGUCAGAGGGCGUGAGGGCACUCGUCACCGCCUUGACCAACAACCCCACGCUGCACACGCUCACGUUAACGAACAACACCCUGGACGAUGCCGCCGCAGAGAGCCUCGCCAACCUUGUGGAGACAAACACUGUCGUGAAUGCCAUAUCGGUGUAUGACAACCCCAACAUCAGCCGUGCUGGCAUUAACCGGCUCCGCGCUGCAGCAAACGCCCGUGACAACUUCACUCUUGGCGUGGAUGAUCCUGAUGAAACCACACACACCCGGCACGUUCUUCGUCGCCACAACCACAAUACCACGGGCAACACGCAGGCACACGACGACGACGACGACGACGAUGACGACGCUGACGAGGAUGUUCUACACGAAGCACAAACACCGAUGUCAAGCAGGGUCUCACGCACGUCCAUGUCAUCACUGCGAACGCCUGAUGCUUCCGGCGGUGCACCAGCUUUCACACUACCUCGCCACCGUCAGCCGCCACCACAACAUCAACAGCACCAGCACCAGCAGCAACAGGCAACAGCAGACCCAACCGUCGUGAACCAACUAUUGGACCAGCAGCACAGAAUGCAGGAGCUCUUGGACGAGCGAGACGCGACCAUCGCCACGAUGAGGGUGCAAUUGGAGGAGCAGGAAGCAGCACAAACGCAAGCAGCAGCGGCCCUUAUCAGCGAAAAGGAGCAGCUUCAAGCGACAAUCGCAGAGCUCACACAGACGAAUGAGCAACGAGCAGAGGAGUGCGACCAAGCCAACGAGAGAAAGGCUGAACUCGCCCAGAGGCUGCAGACUGCCAUCGAUGAAUUGGAAUCGCUGAGGAGUGCACACGCCGACAGCGAGCAGCAGCAAACUGAUCUGACGGAGCGCAUCAAGGCAAUGAAGGAAGAGAUGGAGGACUUGCAGCAAGCAAAGGACGACGUGGAACAGAGCAAGGCAGACCUGGAGACCAGACUCGCAACGCAACUUGAGACCCUCAAAACUCAGCACGAGCAGAAGGUGAAGGACCUCGGUGAAGCAAAUGAAGCGUUACAGACGCAAAGGAACACGCUGCAACAACAAAACGAAAGCAAUGCGCAGGCGCUGCGAGAUGCCCGCGCAGAGAUUGAGCGGCUUCAACAGGCCUUGCAGGAGCCAACGACCAGCGAUUCAGAGGACGCAGGCGCCACAUCAGCGAAACCGCCACCAGGGCCAGACACACCAACUUCGCUGCAAGAAGCCGAAGCAAAGCUUGAGGGCAUGCUGAACCUGAACAUGGACCUCGCUCGCUUCACCACGAGGGAGCGCGUGGUGGAUGACAAGGGCGACUUCACCAAGGGUGGCUACGGCAAACUGUACCGCUGCACCAUCGCAGGCCACGACGUCGCACUGAAGGAGAUUGACGUGCGGUCGCGCCCUCGUUUGCUUGAGAUUCUCUCGGAAAAGUCAAACACGCAAGCCCAUGCAAAUGACAAGCGGGUCCGACGAGAGGUGGCCAUUCUGAUGACCCUCAGGCACCCCAACAUUGUUUCGUUCUAUGGUAUAUGCUACGACGCCGAGCGGAAAACGCUCUCCUUUGUUCUGAGCUGGGCAGACAACGGCUCCCUGUUCGACUUCAUGCACCUUCACAAGCGCCAGAUCAGCCACGUCGAUAAGCUGCGCAUCUUGAGCGAGGUUGCCGGCGCCAUGGAGUUCCUGCAUGCCCACGACGUGGUGCACCGCGACCUCAAGUCUGCCAACGUGCUGCUGGACGCUGUGCUCUCCGCCAAGGUGACGGAUUUUGGGCUGAGCACGUUCAAGAACACGGAGACAUCUUCGCUGUCCCGAGUGGCUGGAACGCCACUUUGGGCGUCGCCCGAGCAGGUGCUGGAGGAGAAGUUGCGCGCGGACACGGACGCGUUUUCCUUCGGCUGCCUGGCGUGGGAGGUGUGGUUUGCUGUCAAGCCAUGGCACCAUGGCAAGUAUGAAAAGGACGGCAUAUCGCUGCUGCAACUUGCCCUCAAGUACGAGAAGCACGAGUACCUGCCGCUCGAGAAGGUGAUCAACGGACAGGAGAUGCCGGUUCACCUGCGAGCGCUCCUUCGUGGCUGCUUCACCACGAGUGGUAGCCGCCUCAGCUUUGCUCUGCUUCACGCAGCAUUUAGGGGACAGUACGCCGCUGCCCGUGAGCAGCGUCAGCUGAACGAGGCACGACAGCAGGAGUUGUUGCAAGGGCCACCCGAUGCUGUGUGGAAGUUCGACCCUGAAAUCCUCGCAACACUGAAGGAGAAGAAGCAUGCGUUGUCAACCCGUGACACGGUGUACGUCGUGCCGCUUGAUCUUGGGAACCAGGAUGAGGCCAGCCUUGUCAAGACGCUCCUUCGUCAGGCUGGUGGCCGCACCGCUCGGCAGCCAGACCUUCUUGGGCCAUUUGGUCGCAAGGUCGCGGCUGCUGUUAUUACAUGGUGUGAUCAGAAGCUUGCAGCGUUCAAUGGCGCCAUGCAUCGCAACAAGACGCGCUUUCGCGGCCACCUCACCAGCACCAGCCACCCAUUUGCACCCAAGUAUGAGGUUGAUGAUACUGGCGCUGCCACCAACGCUGAGGAGAAGGCAGUUCUUGAUCGUGUCACCACGAAGACCGGCCACUACAGGCUGUUGGAUGCGUCCCUCAUGAAACAAGAUCCACCGCUUCGCGUCCAGCGUGUUUUUCAUGGCGUCAACAGCUUCGAUGCUGUCGUUGGCAUCUUGGGUGGUGACUUUGCUCCGCUUCAGAAGACGGACAUUGGCUGGUUUGGCGCAGGCCCCUAUUUCACACCAGACCUUGAUUACGCGCUUGAAUAUGCACAUGACUGCGAUGGCGCCGACGUGCCAGCCGAUCUUCGUUUCCUCCAGCUGACACCAGGCGAAGUGUACCGCAUCGUCCUCGUGUGCGACGUGACGUACGGAAACCCUUACCCAGUGACCAAAAACAGCUUGCACCCAAUGGUGCAAUCGACAGCAGAGGACAAGCUUCCGACAGAGAGGUGGCAGACAUUUGCUGGCCUGCCGCUGGUUGCUGGGCACGACGCACACAUCGCAGUGACUGCCUUUGACUCGAAAAGCGUCGAUUACGUCCCCCCAUUUGACACUCAUGCUGAUUGGUCCCAGCCUGGCGAGAAGCCAGUGGCCGAACUUGUGAUCAGUGACACGUCUUGUGCGCUUGUUCGUGCGGUGUGUGUAUUUCAAGGUUGAAAGUGUG